GUUUAAACGUCUGUCUGUCUCUCUAUCUCUCUCUAUCUAUAUACCCAGGUCUGAGAGAACCUGCAGGUUUAAUGGUCUGUCUGUCUGUCUGGAUAUCCUGGUCUGAGAUGACCUGCAGGUUUAAACGUCUGUCUGUCUGUCUCUCUAUCUAUAUACCCAGGCCUGAGAGGACCUGCAGGUUUAAAGGUCUGUCUGUCUGUCUGUCUGGAUACCCUGGUCUGAGAGGACCUGCAGGUUUAAAGGUCUGUCUGUCUGUCUGGAUACCCUGGUCUGAGAGGACCUGCAGGUUUAAAGGUCUGUCUGUCUGUCUGUCUCUAUCUAUAUACCCUGGUCUGAGAGGACCUGCAGGUUUAAAGGUCUGUCUGUCUCUAUAUCUCUCUCUAUCUAUAUACCCAGGUCUGAGAGGACCUGCAGGUUUAAAGGUCUGUCUGUCUGUCUGGAUACCCAGGUCUGAGAGGACCUGCAGGUUUAAAGGUCUGUCUGUCUCUAUAUCUCUCUCUAUCUAUAUACCCAGGUCUGAGAGGACCUGCAGGUUUAAAGGUCUGUCUGUCUCUAUAUCUCUCUCUAUCUAUAUACCCAGGUCUGAGAGGACCUGCAGGUUUAAAGGUCUGUCUGUCUCUAUAUCUCUCUCUAUCUAUAUACCCAGGUCUGAGAGGACCUGCAGGUUUAAAGGUCUGUCUGUCUGUCUGUCUGGAUACCCAGGUCUGAGAGGACCUGCAGGUUUAAAGGUCUGUCUGUCUGUCUGUCUGUCUGUCUGUCUGUCUGGAUACCCUGGUCUGAGAGGACCUGCAGGUUUAAAGGUCUGUCUGUCUGUCUGGAUACCCUGGUCUGAGAGGACCUGCAGGUUUAAAGGUCUGUCUGUCUGGAUACCCUGGUCUGAGAGGACCUGCAGGUUUAAAGGUCUGUCUGUCUGUCUGUCUGUCUGUCUGUCUGUCUGUCUGUCUGUCUGUAUCUAUAUACCCAGGUCUGAGAGGACCUGCAGGUUUAAUGGUCUGUCUGUCUGUCUGUCUGGAUACCCUGGUCUGAGAUGACCUGCAGGUUUAAACGUCUGUCUGUCUGUCUGUCUGUCUGUCUGUCUGUCUGUCUGGAUACCCUGAUCUGAGAGGACCUGCAGGUUUAAACGUCUGUCUGUCUGUCUGUCUGCCUGGAUACCCUGGUCUGAGAGGACCUGCAGGUUUAAUGGUCUGUCUGUCUGUCUGGAUACCCUGGUCUGAGAUGACCUGCAGGUUUAAACGUCUAUCUGUCUGUCUCUCUAUCUCUGUCUAUAUACCCAGGUCUGAGAGGACCUGCAGGUUUAAUGGUCUGUCCUGUCUGUCCUGUCUGUCUGUCUGUCUGUCUGUCUGUCUGGACACCCUGGUCUGAGAGGACCUGCAGGUUUAAAGGUCUGUCUGUCUCUCUGGAUACCCUGGUCUGAGAGGACCUGCAGGUUUAUAUGUUCUGUCUGUCUGUCUGUCUGGAUACCCUGAUCUGAGAGGACCUGCAGGUUUAAAGGUCUCUGUCUGUCUGUCUGGAUACCCUGAUCUGAGAGGACCUGCAGGUUUAAAGGUCUGUCUGUCUGUCUGUCUGUCUGUCUGUCUGUCUGUCUGUCUGUCUGUCUGUCUGUCUG